AUGGCCUCUGGGUACGAAUUGGAGCCCUGGUGCGUGACGGACGCUCCUAGCCAUGAGACGGAGGGUCUGGUACCCAUCGUGGCCCACGAAGAGCUCCGUCCGAGCUUCAUGAUGGGAAAUCAGGACUUCCCCUUUGCUGUGCAAGGUGAUCUUGACCCAUGGAUGGCGGACCAGCUGGGCUGGAAUGCUAAGGGCGAAUACUCAAAAGUGGCGGAGACCCAACGGUAUCCGCAAUCGUGGGUGGAGGCGGGCCUGACGAUCCACUCUGCUGGCGGCAAGUGGGAGAACUGGGAGGACUCAAGCCCUGUCUAUGAUCAACAACAACUAUAUGCCGACCCGUUAGUCCACGAUGUAGAGCGACAACGGUGGAAUUCCCUGAUGGCCACUCAACGAGCCCUCUUCAUGACCCCAUCGGUGCAGCCCACAAAUUUCCCAGCUUUCCCAGGGUCUCCCAUCUCCGACCCGUGCGGGACACCAGAGACCAGCCAUGCCUCAUUUGGCCGCUGGGAGACCGACCAAGACGCCGAAGACUUGCAAUCAUCUCGAUCGCCGGGCUCCCCCAACACAAAUACAACAAUGACAGAUAGGCUUGCCUAUUCCAAUUCUUCAUGUCACUUUGAAGACGAAGAGUAUCCGACAACUCUGGAAAUGCCAGACGGAAGUACCCGCCAAACAUCCAACUGGCUGCCGGUAGAUGCAAGUGCCGGGUUCACUAUCGGCGCGGACCAGCUUGGCCCCGCUCAAGGAGAACAUGAGAUGCACAACUUUCGGGAGAUGCAGGGCGCUUUCAUCCCAGCAGACCCGAUCGGUUGGACAUACAACCAAUGA